GCAAUAUUGGAGUAUGACCAGUUGGUGACGUCUUGUGUUUGUCUUGCUCUUCGGACAUGGUUUGAUAUCCAUACACAACUACCAAAUACUGUCUGGGAGAGGACUAGCUAGCUAAUAACAACAUAAUAUGGAACAUCGGUUUGAAGGCUGCAAUUAAAUACAUGAACAUAUUAAUGCAAUCAGAAAUGUGGAUUAAUCAGGGAAUGCGAGGAAAUAUAGGACAAUGGGAUCUCACCUAAUGGAAUGAACCAGUUUGAUCAUAUGAAGCGAGUUGUUUGGAAAGCCACGACGAAUCGAAUGGACUGCCUUUCCAUAAAGAAAUGAAUGCGAGUGUAAUGAACACAUUGUUACGAAUAGGGCACUGGACAUAUUAUUACAUUCAAGAAGGAUAACUGGCCUCAGUCGCAGCGUUUCAGAUUCUACCUUGCGAAUGUAUUUGAGUGGCAGGCUCAUUCUUUAGCUUCAGCUAGACCCCUGUCGCGCCAGCGUCAUAGACGACGGAACGCGCUUGUGCCGUCACAGAGCGUAGGUGAUGUCGCGGAUGGCAUUCGGCCUCUAUCAGAAUUAACUAGGUAACCAGACAUUAUUUGCUUAUCAAAAAACAAGUAUUCUCUACACAAGUACUUGGAGAUUGCCUGUGAAAACAUGAGGAAGGUGCUCAGAGCAGUCUCUGAACGGAAUAAGCUCCCCACUAGCUGACGUGAGGAGUUGAAACGUAGCAGGCGGCAGCACUGGAACUCUGCGGAAGAAAUUUGAAGAACAAAGGAGAUGGUCACCCUGCUGUGACCUAAUUGGACCGCCGGAGAGGACACGGACGCGCUCGAGCCGUCUGCAGUCAUGAGUCUCCGCACACCCACCUCAACACUGGACAGGAUAAGCAGCCUGACGAUAGGAGACUCGGAGCGCAACACCUCCAGCGGCCAGCAGAGGGAGCCUCCAGCUGACAUCCCCCCUGAGAACACAGGUCCAGGUCUGGUUCAGAGAUGUGUGGUGGUACAGAAAGACCAGCUGGGGUUUGGCUUCACCGUGUGUGGCGAGAGGAUCAAGCUGGUGCAGAAUGUCCGACCAGGUGGUGCAGCAGUCAAGGCAGGGGUCCACGAGGGAGACAGAAUCAUAAAGGUGAACGGCUCGCUGGUGUCGUCCAUGUCUCACCAGGAGGUGGUGAAGCUCAUCAAGUCUGGGCCGUAUGUUGCCCUGACACUUCAAGGACCGCCCCCUUCAGCAGCCGCCCUCGUCCUACAACCCCUCCCCACUGACCUCUUGUCCAAUCAGAGGACGUCACUGGGAGGUGAAGCCCCGCCACCACCACCUCCACCCCUGCCCCCCGGACUUACCAGCACCCCCUCCCAAAGAAUCAACAAACCACUACAGAACCUAGAUGUACAGAAACACGCCACUCAGAUCCUCAGGAACAUGUUGGAACAGGGAGAGGCUGAGCUCCAGGACCUGAUGGAGGAGCUGUCACGGAACCCCUCCCCAUCACUGGAGGAGCGAAUCGAUAGUGCCAAGAGGCGCACCCAACAAGUGCGGGUUAAAAUCAAGCAAGAUCUGGAUGGAACUCGCCCCAAAGCUGUGUCCAACUAUGUAAUAGCAGGAGAUGCUCGGCUGUCGGUGGACUCAAGUGAAGGAGACUUUGAGACCUGUGAGAGCCCCCACUCCUCCCCCUUCUUCAGGACCCCCCUACGCUGGAGACAGGGCUCCGACACACACACCUUCUCUGACUCGGCUGGGAAGACUCAGAUCAUUGGCCCCGAGGAAGAGGAGGAAGAGGACGACAGCUAUGCACUCAAUGAGAUGGACGGUCCAUUUCAGGACAUAGAGCUUCUCAAGUCGAGACCGGCCCAUAUGACGGUGUUCAUGAGAUAUGUCUUCAGCCAGCUACUGGAUCCCAACCCACUGCUGUUCUACCUGUCGGUGGAGGCCUACCUGGGCUCCAGCCCUAAAGACGCCCGUGUCCUCGCGCCUCAGAUCUGCUCCCACUUCCUGGACCCUGACGCUCCGUUAAAAAUCAGAGUACGAGAAGAAUACCUGGCUGAUAUAGAGAGUCGUCUCCAUGCCCAGGAGGACAUCAGGGGACCUCUGUCUGAGCUCCAACAGCAGGUGCUGCCUGACAUUCAGGACCAAAUACAGGACUACAGGAACAAGCAGAUGAUGGGUCUGGGCUCUCUGUUUGGAGAGGGAGACCUGCAGCAGCUGGAUGGAGACCCAGCCAAGGAGAAACAGGUGGUGGACAGACAGGUCACUGCUCUCUGGGAGAUACUCUCGAAGCACGAAGACGACAGAAGUUCUCCUCUAGCCUCUGCGGUGCUGUUGUACCUCCGUCACUCGGGCAUUAAGCUGAGGGACUCCAGGGUGUUUCCAGGACUCGGCACUGAGAAGGAGAAGUGGCUCUCCUUUUUCCCCAAGACCAAGAAGCUGAGCAGUGCAAAGAAAGAGAAGGAUGGAGAGGACAGGAAGAGAAACCCCAUCCUGAAGUAUAUCGGCAAGCCCAGGAGCACCUCCCAGUCCACGUUCCAUGUCCCCUUGUCUCCCACUGAAGUGCGUCCUGGCAGUGUGAGGAACAUCAUCCAGCAGUUUGAGAACCAACCAGAGAUCCCCGGGGAGGAGGGGGACGAGGGAGACCUCCAGAGACUGUCCUCCAGCAGCCUGGGAGAGGACAGUAUGGACAGCCCUAUGGUGUCGGUGCGUCUGGCUCGUAGUGAGUCUCUGAAGGCGCAGGGGGAGGGGCGUCGGUGGGGCGGGGCUUCAGGAGUGGAGACAGUCCCUCGUUCCCGUAGCGACGUGGACAUGGAGGACUGUGGGGAGGAGAUAGAGGGGCCGGGCCUGAGACCCCUACACCACAGCGCCUCCUCCUCAGCCACCAGUAGCUCAGCACGAUCCUUGGAGAACCCCACGCCUCCAUACACCCCUCGGUCGUCUAGACGACAGUUUGAGGAGUCCCCGGUGGCCCUGCUUCCUGAUGCCCCAGCCCUAGAGGACGACGUGGUGGACAGUCACAACUGGCAAGAGACAGUGGCCCCUCAGGUCCUGGCUACACUCUGUCCCCGAGAGGUGGACCGACAGGCCGUCAUUUACGAGUUGUUGACGACAGAGGUGUCUCACCUGCGUACUCUCAGGGUCUUGGAUCAGGUGUUUUUCCAGAAGAUGAGGUGUGUUCUGAGCUCUGACGAGCUGGCCUGCAUCUUCCCCAACCUGCCUCAGGUCUACCAACUACAUGUGAGCCUGUGUGAAGCCAUGAAGAAGAAAAGGGAAUCUCCCAUCGUUCAGGGCAUCGGUGACAUCAUGCUGGCCAGGUUUGAGGGCGUGGCGGGGGAGGAGUUUCAGGAGCAGGCGUCCCACCUGUGCAGCCAGCAGUCUCAGGCUCUGGAACUCAUUAAGAACAAGCAGCGCAAAGACCCCCGCUUCACACACAUCAUCCAGGAGUGUGAGGCCAGUCCUCACUGUAGGAGGCUGCAGCUGAAGGACAUGCUGGUGUCUGAGACACAGAGACUCACCAAGUACCCUCUGUUACUGGACAACAUCAUCAAACACACAGAGGCUGGCUCCACAGACCUCCCGCCUCUCCAACGUGCACAGGCCUGCUGCCGCGGGAUUCUGCAGGCCGUCAAUGAAGUCGUCAGGGAGACUGAACACCGGCAACGGCUCAACCAAUACCAGCGCAGGCUGGACCCCACGCCACAGUUCAAGAGUCUGGACCUGACCAGUAAGACAAUGAUCCAUGAGGGUCCUCUCACCUGGAAAGUCAAUAAAGACAAAACUUUAGAGAUCCAGGCCCUGCUGCUAUCAGACCUGCUGGUUCUGCUCCAGAGAGGUCCAGACGACCGGCUGCUACUGCGCUGCCCGUCCCGCUGGCUGGGGGGAGGAGGAGGUGGUAGCGGGGACACCAAGGCCUCCUUCAGCCCCGUGGUCCAACUAGACUCCCUCCUGGUGCGCUCUGUGGCCACAGACAACAAGGCCCUGUACGUCAUCAGCACCACAGAGAGAAAGAUCUAUGAACUGGUAGCGGGGACGUCCUCAGAGAAAAACAUCUGGAAGGACCAACUUGAAAAGACCAUCUCAUUGGUUGCUGGCUCCUCACCUUCGACCAAUAACAGAUCCACACCUAUUUUCUCCCCAAGUCUUGGCAACGCUUCCCCUGUCUCAACUGGCAGCCAUGUCUAUCAAUCAGACGACUCGAUGACGGAGCAGGUCGUUUUCAUGGAGACGGACUCCCCUAACGAUGAGGAUAACGAGCUCGCACGCACCACACCAACGGACCAAUCAGGAGCUUUCUUCUGCGGGGAGGGGCAGGACUACGUCAAGCGACGAAUUGGAGUAGCAGAGGCAGCUCUUGAAGACGUGGAGACGCUAAGGCAGCUGAUUUUCCGCGACCUGGAAGAUGGGUGGAGUCACGGCUCAGAUGGAAAGCCCACAAACGAGGCAGCCAAUGAGAGGAGCCCGUUCAAUUACCACCAGAGGCCGCUGUCCUCUGAGACUCUCCUUGGCGUCAGUCCCAGCCAAUGGGAGGCUGAGCACGCAGAAGCCCCGCCCUCGGAGGUGGAGUGCCCCAGUGUGCAUGUUGUGAGGAAAGCAGUGGUUGCGGGCUCCCCUUCUAUCCCUGAUGACAUCACUGAAGAUGCCACCCUCCACUCUGACCAAUCACCUGAGCCGAGAGGCGAGGCCAGUGUACGGGGAAACGUGUUCUAUCUGGCGAUGCCUACAGAGCAGGGAGAGGGACUGCUGGACGAGAGUCACACAGAUGAGGUCAACGACCCCCCCACCCCGACCACCACUGAACUUCCUGAUCUGGAACAGGAAGUGAUUUCAUCGCCCGUACAGACUCAUGAGAAAGAAGGGCAGGUCGCUUCCAUCAUGUCUGCGGACAAUCAAUCGGAGAGGGGAAAUCUGAGUCGGCAGGAAGGGCAGAGUCAAUCACAAAAGAGCCUCCAGAGCCAUAUAAUCAAAAACGUGGAUGACAUUUUCCACACCAUCGAAGAGUUGAUGAGAAAGCUGCACCAGCUGAGGGACAUAGAGACAGCUCAUCACCAGCUCCUGAAAACACUGAGAGAGCCGCCUGUCAAUCCAGAGUCUGGUGACCUCUUUCAUAUCCAGGCAACCGUCGUCAGGACACCGUUUCUGGACCGGGACCCAGGGGACGGAAAGGAGGCGAGCCCAGCAGAGCCAGCCAAGCUGAAGAUCCUGUCCACUGGAUUCUAACGUUGUCAUUUCAGCGUGGACUUAACAGACUUACUCCCACCCUGCCGUAGACAUACGCACACGCACACACACACUGAUGGACUGGGACCCCAACCUUUACCCCCUAACCCCCUCUCACACCCCUCACCAUCAGCCCAAUCCCAGCACGCACUGCUCAUGGGAGCAGAAUCCAGGAAGUACCGGGGUGUCGUUGGCGUUGCCCUGGGAGACCAGGAAUUGAUGCAGGACUGAUGCCCCUGCCCCCUGACACCCAAGGGGCUGCCCCCAGCAUGGAGUUAGGGUGAACUCUGACCUCUGCGGAGCAGGAAAGAGUCCUGGGACGAGAGGAUGGACAGAUGAAGGGGGGAAAUGGAGAGAAGCAGUGAUGAAACAGUUGUGUGAAGAAGCAAAGAGAGUACAAGAAGUGAGAGGAAUCUAAAUUGAGUAAUGUCAAGGAUAAAAUGUUCAAUGGAAUGAAUAAGGUUGUCAGCAUUGGAAGGAGAAGUUAGUAUACUUUGAAAAGAACACUGGGUUCAAGGGAGAGAGUUGAGAAGUGACUGAUGUUUUGACAAAAUAACGACUGGACAACUGAAGGAACCCGGCACUUUACCCACAAUGCAUCCUCUGUCAUGUAUCCAUACGCCAAAGCUGAUUGGAUUGGUGAGGGAUAGGACACUGGACAGAUCACCGGCUCUAUUGGGAGUCAAAGCUGCACCUAGUUUGAGCCAAGAUGGCAGUUCUUUACCGCUGGUUGCUUUACAGUAUAGUAUGCCUGCCAUGGAGGCUGAUCGAAGGACUGACUGUGUUAUGUAUCUAUAUAUUCAGGUUUAUUGCACUGGGCCAAGAGGAAGGAAGGAAGGAAGGAAGGAAGGAAGGAAGGAAGGAAGGAAGGAAGGAAGGAAGGAAGGAAGGAAGGAAGGAAGGAAGGAAGGAAGGAAGGAAGGAAGGAAGGAAGGAAGGAAGGAGAUCACAACAUGCACAGUCCUCAUUCAUCCAUAAAAUCAUUCAUGUUAUGUGAUACAUAUGUUUGAUAAUCACACAGGAGAGAAACGCCAUGAAGGAAGAGGUGUGUUGUUGUUAAGGGAUAACCAAGAUGGUGGUCGGUCAGUCAUUCUGACGUAUGCAGCAAGUCCUGCAUGUAUGUACAGCUGCUAAGCUACGGGAUGGGUUGUCUGUAGCGACAACAUCUUCCCGGUGACCUCAGUAACGCGCCGUGGUAACACCACUACCGCACUGUUCUCUACUGAAGGGCUGUUGUCUCGUCUGCAGCGCUACUCCUAGACAUACAGCGAUGACCACUACGAAAAAGGAUACAUGUUCAAUGAAUGCACAGAUGUCUAUCAUGUCGUCAUCGUUUCCUAAAGAACGCUCUACUGUAUUGUGUGUGUAAUACUGUGUGUAAUACUAGUGUUUGCUGUACUGGCACAAAAAAAACAUGAAGGGAUGUUCCUUCAUACAGAGUGGCAUAGGUUUGGACUGAAAGACACCUUUUGCACAGACGACUUGUAUUCAUUGGGAGAGGAAGUCUGUUAACCCUCUAAGUGUGUGGUCAGCGUACGAUAUAUGUGUGUGUGGUCAGCGUACGGUAUGUGUGUGUGUGUGUGGUCAGCGUACGGUUUGUGUGUGUGGUCAGCGUACGAUAUGUCUGUGUGACACUACAGUGUGUGUGUGUUGUCAGCAUACGGUAUGUCUGUGUGACACUACAGUGAGUGUGUGUUGUCAGCAUACGAUAUGUCUGUGACUAAAGUGUGUGUGUGUGUGUGUGGUCAGCGUACGGUGUGUGUGUGUGGUCAGUGUACAAUAUGUCUGUGUGACACUACAGUGUGUGUGGUCAGUGUACAAUAUGUGUGUGUGUGUGUGUGUGUGUGUGUGUGUGUGUGUGUGUGUGUGUGUGUGUGUGGGGUCAGCGUACGAUAUGUAUGUGUAACACUACAGUGCGUGUUGGGGCUCCAGAGGGGAUGCAGAUUUUUCGUUUACCUUGGCAUGGUGGACGAUUCCAGACUCUUACUUUCAUUCUGUCUCUUAGCUCAACAUUUGUUUACCCAACUCUUUUGAGUUAGUUAUUUUUCUUCUGGUCUUUUGUCUGUGUUUUUCCUACAUUUCUGUCUUGAGUUCUCUAACCAUCUCUCUCGUUUAGAGGUUAGAACUGAUGGUUCCUCCCUUUGUCAAACCGCUGCACAACAAACUAGGGCAUACACAUGUCUUUAAUGAUCCUUUUCUCUUUUAAUCUCGUUCACUUAUGUAAUAUAGAAAUCACAAUCUUGUAUUUUUCCUGGAAAGCCUUUGUCCUUUCUUUUGAUUUUAUUUUUGUAGAUACGAAAAAAAGUGUACAUUAUUUUCUCUCACGUUUGAAUAAAUGGUGCGGUUGUUAGCUGCGAAGAAGGAAAAUUAA